UGACCGUCCUCAGAGUCCGUCGGCUCGCGCCCCGCCCCCGUUCCUGCUGCCCCCUCCCCUGUCGCGCGCGGGGGGUGUUUCUCGCUCCUCCCGGGUUGCCGCCGCCGUUGCCGCGGCUCCUCCUCUCCCAGUCUUGGGUUUCCCUGGCACUACUGCCGCCACUGCCGCUGCGGUCUGUAUGAGGAGGAGGAGGAUGUGAAGAUGGCGGAGCUGCAGAUGCUGCUGGAGGAGGAAAUCCCGGGGGGCCGCCGGGCCCUCUUCGACAGCUACACGAAUCUGGAACGGGUGGCCGAUUACUGCGAGAACAACUACAUCCAGUCAGCAGAUAAGCAGCGAGCCCUAGAAGAAACCAAAGCCUACACCACCCAGUCCUUAGCAAGUGUUGCCUAUCUGAUAAAUACCUUGGCCAACAAUGUCCUGCAGAUGCUGGAUAUCCAGGCAUCCCAACUACGAAGGAUGGAGUCUUCAAUCAAUCAUAUUUCACAAACCGUUGAUAUUCAUAAAGAGAAAGUUGCAAGAAGAGAAAUUGGUAUUUUGACUACCAAUAAAAACACUUCGAGAACACAUAAGAUUAUUGCUCCAGCCAAUCUUGAACGACCAGUUCGUUAUAUUAGAAAACCUAUUGAUUAUACAAUUCUAGAUGAUAUUGGACAUGGAGUAAAGGUGAGUACCCAGAAUAUGAAGAUGGGUGGGCUACCACGUACAACACCUCCAACUCAGAAACCUCCCAGCCCCCCUAUGUCAGGGAAAGGGACGCUUGGGCGGCACUCCCCCUAUCGCACACUGGAGCCAGUGCGUCCUCCAGUGGUACCAAAUGAUUACGUACCUAGCCCAACCCGUAAUAUGGCUCCCUCGCAGCAGAGCCCUGUGAGGACAGCUUCUGUGAAUCAAAGAAAUCGAACUUACAGCAGCAGCGGGAGUAGUGGAGGAAGCCACCCAAGCAGUCGGAGCAGCAGUCGGGAGAACAGUGGAAGCGGGAGUGUGGGAGUUCCCAUUGCCGUUCCUACUCCUUCUCCUCCCAGUGUGUUUCCAGCCCCCGCUGGCUCUGCUGGUCCUCCUCCCCUUCCUGCUACUUCUGCAUCUGCCCCUGCCCCUCUUGUUCCUGCUACUGCCCCUUCCUCCAUUGCCCCAGACGCUGCUGCUGGGGGUGCCCAGGCCCUUGCUGAUGGCUUCACUUCUCCAGCUCCCCCUGUUGUUUCUUCCACUCCCCCUACAGGCCAUCCUGUUCAGUUCUACAGCAUGAAUAGACCUGCCACUCGCCAUGCUCCCCCAACAAUAGGGGGCUCGUUGCCCUAUAGACGCCCUCCUUCCAUAACUUCACAAACAAGCCUUCAGAGUCAGAUGAACGGAGGACCUUUUUAUAGCCAGAACCCAGUAUCUCUUGCUCCUCCUCCUCCCUCCAUCCUACAGGUAACUCCUCAGUUACCUUUAAUGGGAUUUGUGGCCAGAGUCCAAGAAAAUAUUUCAGAUGCACCACCUCCACCACCACCUGCGGAAGAACCAGUCUUUGAUGAAUCCCCACCACCACCUCCUCCUCCAGAAGACUACGAAGAGGAAGAGGCAGCCGUGGUUGAGUAUAGUGAUCCUUAUGCUGAAGAGGACCCACCAUGGGCUCCCAGGUCUUACUUGGAAAAGGUUGUGGCAAUUUAUGAUUAUACAAAAGACAAGGAAGAUGAGCUGUCAUUUCAGGAAGGAGCCAUUAUUUAUGUCAUCAAGAAGAAUGACGAUGGUUGGUAUGAGGGAGUUAUGAAUGGAGUGACUGGGCUCUUUCCUGGGAAUUAUGUGGAGUCUAUCAUGCAUUAUUCUGAGUAAAGCUCAUCAGCAGGGCUGUGUUUCCUUCACAGGAAUAGUCAGGUCUUUCCAGAUUAUCAAAAGGCCCUGGGGAUUCCCCUCCAGUGAAGUGAAUGAAGGAUACAAAUCACAAAAACUACUUUUUUUUUUGGUUUAAUCCCUCAGUAUUAAAACAAGAAAGCAAGCUGAGUUUGAACAAAUGGAUCUUUCUGCCAUCACUUAUACUAUGCUGAGCUGUUUGGAUUGAAAUAAAGUGACGGUUUCUGAAUAUA